AAAGUUCUGUUUCGAUAUCGGCGAUUUUGUUUUUAUUCAACCUCGCGACUCCAUUCACUGCCUAUCCCUGCUCUUUCAUCCAUUGUCACGGACUUUGACCUUCUAAUCUCCCAAUAUGUUCCAGAGAACUUUCCUCAGACAGGCCCAGCGGUCUCUCCUGUCCGUCCGCCCAACCUCCACCACCACAUCGGCUCUCCGUCGCACGUCACAGCUUCCCCAGGCCGUUCGUCCAAUUGCCCGCCAGUCUGCCUACCGCUUCUACUCCACUGAGAACGGUGAGAAGAAGGCCGAUGCUGCUGCUGAGGAGGCCGAGGACCCUGUCCGCAAGGAGCUCGAGGAGAAGAAGAAGGAGGCCCUCGAUUUGAAGGACAAGUUGCUUCGUUCCAAGGCAGACUUCCUCAACCUGCAGGAGCGCACCAAGCGUGAUAUGGAGAACUCUCGUAACUUCGCCAUCCAGCGCUUUGCUGGUGAUCUUCUCGAGUCCAUCGACAACUUCGACCGCGCUCUUCUUGCCGUGCCCAAGGACCAGCUUGAUGCUCCCCGGACCGAAGCCAACAAGGACCUCUUGGAGCUCGUCUCCGGUCUGAAGAUGACUCAGAACAUUCUCCUGAACACCCUGAAGAAGCACGGUCUCGAGCGCUACGACCCCAGCGAGCCUACUGAGGAAGGCAAGACCCAGAAGUUCGACCCCAACCUUCACGAGGCCACCUUCAUGGCCAAGGUCGAGGGCAAGGAGGACGGCGACAUCAUGUACACUCAGAGCACUGGUUUCCGCCUUAACGGCCGCGUUCUGCGGGCUGCUAAGGUCGGUGUCGUCAAGAACAACUAGACCUUUCUCCAAAUACGUUGACCCUUUCUCCUUUCUUGAAUCCCUGUCUUAUCUUCCUGUAUAAUAUACCAAAUAUGUCU